AUGUCCCAAUUGGAGGCUGGAAAGACUGCUCUAGCACGUGUCCUGCUUGGGCUGUGGCCACCUGGAAAUGGUGUCAGACUAUUUGUGCCUGACAGCUUCAGCAUUGUACCGCAAAGGCCGUACUUGGCACCUGGCUGCUUGGGUGAUCAGGUCACAUAUCCGAAGCGCUUUGAGACAAUCGAUGAAGCACCAGCAGAGGUGGCACUGGAAAAGGUUGGACUUCUUUACCUGCUUCAGCGAGGAUCAGCGACUGGUGGAUCCACCCGGUGGCGUUUUCAAUGCGACUGGGAGGAUCAGCUCUCCGGCGGAGAGCAGCAGCGUCUUGCGCUGAGCCGUAUCCUUUUUCAUCAACCCCUGUUUGCGAUCCUGGAUGAAUGCACUUCGAUGGUGGCGGCCGAUGCGGAAGAACGUCUCUAUCGCACAGUGGUUGACACAUCGAUUACUCCGAUCACCAUGUCCCAAAGACUUUUCCUUCCAGAGCUUCACACGAAAGAACUUCGUCUUGGCGUUGCGAGUGCGCGGAAGUGGUGUGAGGCCAAUUCCUCAGAGUCAAAACGCUGA